CAUUAAACUAAAAUACCUAGUUCAAACUAUUCUGUGUAGUAUAAGGUACAAAUAUGUCACAAGCCGCGACAAAUGGACCGAAUUUGGAAAACCAAAUGGCCAAUUUGGACAUAAAUUCUCGAGGGGGUGGCAGAAACUAUGGAGGAGGACCUCAAGGCAACUAUAUGCCACCGCAUAUGAGACAAGAAUAUGGGCGGUCUCGAGGAAACCCACAAUAUAUACAAGGACCACCUCAGCAAGCACCUCAGCAGUAUGGUGGUGCUCCAAUGACUGGGCCUAAUGGAGAGCUUAGAUAUGGCGGACCACCUCAGGGUCCACCAGGACACAUGCAUCCAGGGCCACCAAUGCCUCCAAUGAAUCAGCCAUAUCGGAAUGGCAGGGCUGGUUUUCAGAAUGGCAUGAUGCGUGGUGGCCCACCGCCACGAUUUGGGAAUGAUCGAGGUUAUGGUAGCCGAGAAGGUGGUUACAGAGGCUACAAUGAUAGAGGAGGUUACGGAGGCAGCAGAGGAGGAUACAACCGAGGAUAUGACAAUCGUGGCAUGAAUGACAGAUUUCAGGGCGGAUGGGGAGGGCCAGCACCUCGGGGUCCAUUGCCAGUAGCAGAUCGUUGGUCUAUGUUGGAUGGCCCUGAUGAUGGCUAUGACGUGUAUCACAAUCCAAGAUACACUCAUGACGAGGGGGAUCGUCUUGCUAAGAAAUGGGAUGAGAGACGUGGUGGUGGAGAUGCGUUUGCUGACACGGAAGAUUGGAGUAAGCCAUUACCAAAAAACGAAAAGUUGGAAAAAGAGUUGUUUUCUGGAUCUAACACUGGUAUUAAUUUUGAAAAAUAUGAUGAUAUUCCUGUUGAAGCAACUGGAGAUGAUGUACCUGACCAUAUCGAUACAUUUUCUGAAUCUGAGCUGGGGGAAAUUGGCGAAAUGAAUCUGAAGCAUUGCAAAUACGAUCGACCGACGCCAGUGCAGAAAUAUGCUAUCCCAAUUGUUCAGAAGGGAAGAGACUUGAUGGCUUGUGCACAAACUGGAUCUGGAAAAACAGCUGCGUUUUUGCUGCCUUGUUUAUGCAACAUCUAUAAGCAAGGUCCUGGAGAAUCGCACAAUGCAACUCUUGCCCAGCGUUCAGGAAGGAGAAAGCUUUUUCCUUUGGCUCUGAUAUUAUCACCCACUCGUGAAUUGGCUUCGCAAAUUUAUGAUGAGUCACGGAAGUUUUCAUAUCGUUCCCAUGUUCGUCCUUGUGUGAUCUAUGGGGGUGCAGAUGUUGGAGCACAAAUGAGAGAUUUGGAUAGAGGUUGUCAUCUUCUUGUGGCUACUCCAGGACGUCUUGUUGAUUUCUUGGAUCGUGGAAAGAUUGGAUUGAAAUAUAUUCGAUUCUUGGUAUUGGAUGAAGCAGACAGAAUGUUGGAUAUGGGAUUUGAACCACAGAUUAGAAGAAUUGUGGAAGAAAACAAGAUGCCAGUGAAGGGGGAAAGACAAACACUUAUGUUCAGCGCUACAUUUCCCAAAGAAAUUCAAAUGCUAGCUCGUGAUUUCUUGGAAAAUUACAUUUUUCUUGCAGUUGGAAGGGUUGGAUCAACUUCUACAAACAUCACUCAAAAGGUGGUUUGGGUUGAUGAAGAUGAGAAGCAUAAAUUCCUUUUGGAUCUGAUCAAUGCGACUGAUGCCAAUUCGCUCACUCUGGUAUUUACUGAAACAAAGAAAGGUGCAGAUGAUUUGGAUGAAUUCUUGUAUUCUCGUAAAUACAAAUCAACCAGUAUCCAUGGUGAUAGAUCCCAACGUGAACGAGAAGAAGCUCUGCAAGCUUUCAGAACAGGUGAAUACCCUAUCUUGGUGGCUACUGCUGUGGCUGCCCGUGGAUUGGAUAUUCCCAAUGUUCGUCAUGUUAUCAAUUUUGACCUACCAAGUGAUAUUGAUGAGUAUGUGCAUCGUAUUGGUCGUACUGGUCGUGUUGGUAAUGUUGGUUUGGCAACUUCAUUCUUCAACAAGAAGAAUUUAAACAUCGGCAAGGAUCUAGUUGAUUUGCUCAUGGAAGCUAACCAAGAAGUUCCACCUUGGCUGGAGCAGAUGGCUGUCAAUCACCAGAAGGGUAAACCAAUGAGGGGUGGUGGCGGAAAGCGUUUCACUGGAGGUUUUGGAUCUCGGGAUUACAGGCAACAGUCCGGCCGAGGGGGCGGAGGAAGAGGAACAGGCCAGAGGGGUAUGAUGCCCGCACGUGGAGGAGGAGGAGGAAUGGGUGGUGGUGGUGGUGGUGGAUGGGGAAUGCCAUAUUAUCGUGGUAAUGAUUAUGGAGGAUCAUAUGGCAGCUCUGGUGGAUCGGAGGACUGGUUUGGUAAUUAGACAAUCUUCUAGCUAACUGUUCUCUGUUGUCACUGUACUUAUGAAAUAAGUACCCAUUAAUUAGGCAAUAACUGUAUAUAAAUGUGCUGUCGUCCAAAAGAUUCAUGGAGGUGACAAGAAACAGAAAUCUGGUUAGUGAUACUCAAUUCAACGAUUCUUUCAAUAAGUUAAUUUGCCAGGGAGCCCUUGUAAAUAUUGUCUAGGUUUCCCUUGUUAUUACCUGCAUAAUUAUGUUCUGUGUGGCAGAUAUUUUGUUGUGGGCUGGUUAUUAAAAUAUUUAGUCACAAUAAUUUUGGGAUCAAAACUUCCCAACAGCUGUUGAGAUGCAAUGCCGAUUUGACAAUGUACAAAAAUGUAGUAUUCUUUAAGAUUGAUUGUAAUUUUACCAGAACCCGCGAACCAACCAUUAGACUGACAGGAUAGAUAAACUCACAGCUGGAUUGCUUAGUUUUGGUACCAUUGUUGCGGCGAUUACCUUAUGUACUAGAACCAACAUCAUUUUCCACAUGGCUCUUGUGUAAAGUGUCGCACUCUAGUAAUUUCUUGAAGAUGUCCAAAUUUUGUAUAUAUCACAGCCAAGAACAAUUUUUUUGGUUGUGAAUAUGCGGGACAAUAUGUACACACUUGCCAAGAAUGUUUACUGUCGUAAAUAUUCUGCAAACUAUUUUGAUUCAAUAGUGCACUGUACCUUUUUCAGUCAUUAAUAUUUACGGAAAAGUGUAUUCUAUGAUAUUUUUUUUACUAGUAUAAAUAAAUUGUAGGGCACAUUCUCGCCUGUGUUUAGUCAAAUUAAAUAGUGAUCAACCAAGUAAUAAUUAAAAAUUCGGGGAAUCCAGAAAGUAAUAUUUUACAAUUUGGUUUAAAUUAUUUAUUACAGUAAAUUGUAUGAACUAAUUAUUAUUACUUCUAUCAUGUUGAUUUAUAGAGUAAUCUUUAAGUAAUCUUAAUCCAAAUUUUGGAACCUUGAAUAAUUCGAAAAGAUUAUUUUGAGCAUUCCAGUAAAAAAUUUUCCAAGAGUAUAUAUCAAUCAUGAAUGCAUGACAAAAGUUUAUGUGUGAACUGUGAAGAAUAAGUUGAUCUCACUUGAAUGUUUCAUAUUUAGUAUAGUUCACACUAGUGCUGUAUUUUUUUAAGUAUGCUGUGCUUUUUUAUUCCUUUGUAUCGCGAAAACCACUGUGAAAUUAAUGCUUCCCUAAAAGUAUAUACAUGGAAGUUUUCCUCACGGAAUGGUCCAUUUUAUACCUCUUUGCACAUAUUUUUGCAUAAAUCUUAAUUUAUUGAUUGUAAUAUGGAGCCUUUCUGAAUUUUGUUCAUUUUUGACAAGAACUUUGAGAAUCAAUAAGAUUUUUUUAUUCUUGGAUUAUUGUCAUGCUUAUUUUAUACCAGUCAAAAACUGCCCUUUUUAUUUUUUAAAUUGUUAUGCCUAGCUUCUUCGACAUUGAGCUGCUUUUAGUAUUCUGUUGUAAACUAGCUGAAAAGUUCAUUGUGUUUUUUGUUUUUGAAAAAAUUACUGUGCAAUCUAGAGGUAUGAAACAUAUCGCGAUUUCAGAGGAAGCGGGCUCUAAUAAGAGCCAUAAAAUAACUAGCCCGCAAUUUGCUUUAUAAAUGUGGGCAUAUCUUGCACAGCAUGCUUUUUAUAUAUUUUUACAGCAAUGCGAGGUUAUUUUUGUUUUAGGAACAUAUUUCAUAAAUUUAGGGAGCUGGAUUCCCAAUGCCAAAUAGUAAAUGUAUCAGUAAUGUAUAAAGUUAUUGCCUAUAUAAAAUAUUACAAAAUUCCAGUGCUCUUUGUAAUCUGGUUUUUCUGAUAUUAGUGUCAAUAUCACUUUGUGAUAAAAUCAUGGAUAUAAAAUUUCGUAAGAGUAUUUUUAUAGGAAAUUGACGGUCGGGCUCUAAUUGUUUAAACUCAACUGGUAAUUAUUUUACAAACUUGCAUAGAAUGUAAGUUUAUCGAAAAUAGAAGCCGACAUCUUCAUUUUUAGAUGUCAUUUCAGCCAUGACACUGACACUAAUGAUUACAUUAGACUGGCAAAUAUUGGGGCAAUAGUUAAAAAGUUUUGUUAAAAGUAAAAUGUACAAUUGAAAUUUGUGAUUCACUUUUGAAAUCCCAUUUACAGUAUUUUCCAGUUGAUGUGCAUUUGCUGAUGCAGCAAGUGACUUGGCCUUAGAAAUACAUAUAGAAGAUUUAAGUGCUUUCUCACAAGGUCUGAUGCUUUGUAUAUUUAAAUUAAUGAGUCUUUUUUUGACAUGGUACAGUGUGUAUUUAAAUAUUUAUGCGACACAAAAUUAGUGCAGCCAUGUGGUAGAUUAAAAAAUAAGUUUGAUAUUAUUUGUUUUGUUGCUGUAAGUGUUUUACAGUCUUUAUAAGUUAGAGCUUAUGUCAAAAGCUUUAACAGGAUUUGACAGUUUCAUAAAUUUUGCAAUAUUGUAUAUCUAAAUAUCCAUUGAGGAUGUUUGUAUUUUGCAUAAUACUAUCACACAUCGAGAAACGUGAUAUGUUAAUUACAAUCUUAUGUAAGUUUAGCUACUUUGAUAUCUUCAAUCAAUUCCACAAGUUUGGCAUCAAUUUUAAUCACUUUAAGGCUACAGUUUUGAACUGUUAUUCUAGCGUUAUACUUUUAUCAUUGCUUUCUGGGACGUCACUAAUUCAAAGAUGUUGGCUUUCUCAUGUGCAAAUGAAUUAUAAAUCAAUGGUAGAGGUGCUGCUGAUCUGUAUAUCAUACUUAUAGGCACCUACUGUCUCACAGCGAUUUGUGCAUUAAUUUACAUGGCUAGAAGCAAUUUAUACCCAGUAUGCAGGUAUUAGUAUAUGCGUUAUGGCUUUGUCUAUGUCAAUAAUAGUGAUUUGAAUUGAUUGCUUUGCUGAAAUUGGUUUUAAAUUUGAUAACACUUUUCUUACCCAUAUGAAGAUACACGACUGCUAUCCAUUAAUUGUUUUUGUUGCGUAUAAGCUCAUUCCAUUUGUUAGUUUUCAUGAGUAUUCAGCUUUGGAACCUGGGACUAAGGUGUCAGUACAUAUUGAAUGUCACAACAGUUAACACUAUCAGGGAAACACUGAGUAAGAGUAAAUUGCUAAGCUUGUGUAAAUUUUGGGUUUGUAUGCUUCUUGUUUAAAAAAGAUCCCUGACUAUG